CUUGGAAAGGUUACAAUUUAACUAGAAACUAGAAAACAACAAAUUAAUUGAUCGAUGAAAAAGCGGGGAGUAGAAUUGCUACUUGGUAAACACAAAGUUUUUCAAUCCAGAUCACCGGAUGUGAGGUUCUAAUUCUCUUGUUAUCAAUGAUUCGUUCAGGCAUGCGCAUAUCAUUUGGUCCGAUUUUAGAUCAACGUUACAAAAUCGGGCCUGCAUCACCUGGUAGGAAGAAGUGUCAAGUUUCGAGUUUAGUUUCAAUCAAUGAUUUGAGAUGUAACCUUACUCGCUUUCAUCAGAGUGAGAUUAAAACGCAACUUAGGUAUGAAGUGUCAUUUUUUCAGAUCAAAGUAACAAACGUUCCUUAAUUAAUGCUACUCCGUAUAUUAUUUUCUCCGAGUAUUUACGGAGUAUACAAAAAAAUUUACCAAUGUUAUAAAGAGGGUUUAAUUUGAACCAUCUAUAUAUGCACAUAAAUUAUAUAUUACCUGCCACUAUAUCAAAGGCCAUGCUAACGUCACUAGUAUUGAAGUUAAACUAAUUAACUAGAAACACUCAGUUAUGGGAGAAGUAAAUAGAAGUAAUAAUUAAUACCCAAGAAGAUCAAGAAAAAAACUGCAUGGAAUUAAAUUCCCAAGAUGUGUACUAGGGUUUGUUGGACAUAGGAGUGGCAUAGAAAACCUGUGGUGUUCCUUUAUUAUUGCAUGUGUGUGAGUGUGAACUGUACUUAGCUUGACAAGAAAACACUAUAGGGGAGGGCUAGCUUUCACUAGCUUCAUCUAAUUUCCUACAAAACCCUAAGCAACCAAAGUGUAAAAGAAGACAAAGUGAAGCAAAAAGAAGAAAAUCAAUUCUGAGUUCACUUUCCUUCCUGCCAAGACUUAUAUAUGCAUCUAUCUAUAUAUAAUGGUCUUGCAUUACCCAAUUUACCUUAGCUUACCUUCUUUCUCCAAAGUAGAAACCUUUGCCCUCAGUUUUUAACUUUCCAAAACCAGGCCAAUUCAACCUGUUUUUAAAGCUAGCUCCAAAAUGGAAGCUUUCCAUUCCCAGAUUGGCAUUCCCUUUCCAUAUGGCUUUCCCACCACAGUAAUGAACAUAUGUAGUAGGACCAGUAGCAGUGGAAAUCACAUUCUUUCCAGAAGCACUUGUAGGAUGGACAGUAGAAUUUGGAGCAGGCUCCCUCACAAGCUGAUUGAUAGGAUCAUUGCCUUCCUCCCCCCGCCGGCUUUUUUCCGUUCAAGAUCAGUCUGCAAGAGAUGGUACAGCCUUCUCUUCUCCAGCAAGUUUCUUGAAUUAUAUCUCCAAGUUUCUCCACACUGCCAUUGGUUCAUAUUCUUCAAACACAAGAGCUUGAAGACCUACAUUUCUCAGAGCAGCAAUAGGAAUGAUGAGUCCGAGAGGGAGACUUAUGAAGGCUACCUGCUUGAUCCUCAGACACUCACAUGGUACCGCUUCUCUUUCCCCUUCGUCCCGACCGGGUUUUAUCCCGCCACUUCCUCCGGUGGAUUGAUCGGAUGGGUUUCGCAUGAGGCGGGCUCAAAGAACAUCCUUUUAUGCAAUCCCCUCGUCGGGUCACCGUCUUUGGUCCCGAUUGCCCCGACUUUAAGGCCUAGGCUUUUCCCUUCGAUUGGAUCCAACAUCACAAGCUCUUCAAUAGACCUGGUGGUUGCCGGAGAUGACUUGACAUCUCCUUAUGCAGUGAAGAAUCUAACAACAGAGAGCUUCCACGUGGACACAAAUGGGUUUUACUCCAUAUGGGGAACCACCUCUGCUCUCCCAAGACUGUGCAGCUUCGAAUCAGGCAAUAUGGUGUUUGCAGGGGGGAGAUUUUACUGCAUGAAUUCCAGCCCAUUCAGCGUCCUCUUCUACGGCAUUUCGUCGAACACCUGGUCCAAAAUCCAACCCCCGAUGAGGCGAUUCUUGCGCUCCCCAAGCUUAGUGGAGAGCGGAGGAAGGCUGAUCAUGGUUGCUGCGGUGGAGAAGAGCAAGCUGAACGUGCCAAGAAGUCUGAGGCUGUGGUCCCUCCAAGAUUGUGGGACCAUGUGGGUGGAGAUCGAGAGGAUGCCUCAACAGCUCUAUGUUCAGUUCACAGAAAUGGAGAAUGGGAAGGGGUUCAACUGCGUAGGCCAUGGGAAUUUUGUGGUGAUAACUAUCAAGAAUUCAGACAAGGCUGUGCUGUACGAAUUCAACUCCAAGAAGUGGGCGUGGGUCCCUCAUUGCCCCUUUGUUCAUAAAGAUUCAUCCGUACACGGCGGCGGCAGAGGGGGAGGAGGCGGAGGAGUCGAGCUGCAUGGGUUUGCAUAUGAACCAAGACUAGCUACACCAGUAACUGCACUACUUGAUCAGUUGACACUUCCCUUUUAAUACUCCGUAACUCUUUGCUUAUUGAACUAUCAUUAAUUCAUUAAUUAAUGGUCGGUAAGAACUCCGGUACCCAUUUAAAAAAUAGGGUACCGUACCUGUCAUUCACUUGAUUGGUUCAAAUAGGUAUAUCAUUUUUAAUUUAGACUUAAAUAAUUCAACUGCAACGUUUUUAUUGGUCCAUGUGGACAAAUGUAUGGUACCUUAUGAGUACCAUAGAAUCUACCUUAAUGAUUUCGUAAUUACCGUUAUGCGCUCUUUCCUUUGACUUUGAAUACCGGAUGAUUAGGGGUAUGUUUGGUACAACAACCUGAG